UCUUCUGGUAAAUGUCCCACGAUAAAAUCUCUCAAAUUUCAAUUUUCUCGGAAAGCAUAGAGAGAGCGACGAGACGAAAGAGAAUCCAUUUCUCUUCUGAUCUCUCUUCUCUUCACCCACACAACAUUCUCCAUUCUUCCAUACAAUGUAAUUCAGGUUCAGAAGAAAAGCAAGAAGUUUUUAAGAUUGAACCAAGAGGCUUGUUCCUUUGAAGGUCAGGGGUUGAUCUUCAAGUACAUGCCAAGUUUCAAACUCGAGUAAUUGUCAGUAAUAGCGAUUUAAGUUUCCCCCUGAUAUGUGGAGAUCUAUUUCGAAUGCCAUCACAAGCUUUGGACAGAAGAAGGAAUGUGGUGAGCCCAGUCAAGCUUGCCGCGAAUUCUCAGAUGUCGAUGAUGCUUAUUCUAAUGCCAGCAGUGAGGAAGAAGGGCUUGAAUGCCCAAUAUGCUGGGAGUCUUUUAACAUUGUCGAAAACAUCCCCUAUGUCUUGUGGUGUGGUCACACACUUUGCAAGCACUGUCUGUUGGGGCUUAAAUCAGCUUCUUGGAAGUUCUCCACUCAACAGGUCCAGAUUCCAUUAUUCAUUUCCUGCCCAUGGUGCAAUAUGCUGACAUUUCGGUUGGCGUUGAGCGGGAAUCUCAAAUUUCCUAGCAAGAAUUACUUCCUCCUCUGGAUGGUGGAAAGCAGAAAUGGGGACAGGUUGAAAUAUCCAUCUUCCAUAUGUAGGGAUCAUCAACAAGAAUGGUCCGUCUGGUGCACUUCAGUUACGGGGAACAACACCUCUGUCAUGAAUUACAGGAGGGUUCAUCGUCUAGGAUCUCCAGGGUCGAGCACCAGUAAUUAUAACCAUACUAGUGGUACACCUGCAUCACAGAGGGCCCACUCUUCUCUUCAUAAAUCCCUCGAUCUCUUUAUCCGUGUUACAUCCAAGUUUCCGUUAGUUAUCGUGUUUCUUCUGCUUGUUAUGUUUGCAAUACCUUCCUGUGCAGCCGUCCUAGUGCUCUACUUACUGAUCACAAUUCUCUUUGGACUUCCAUCUUUCCUAGUACUGUACUUUGCCUACCCUGCUUUAGAGUGGCUGAUCAAAGAGAUCACAGCUUGAAAUGUUUCUCUUCCAAUUUGUUUGAGAGAUUCUCUUUCUGAAUUUCUUAUUGUGAUCUUAGUUCUCUCAUAUCAAAGAUGGUGUAAAUUUCUUGUUUCAAGAGAGGUCUAAGACCUAAGUUUUUCUAGUCCCAAUAUGCAGUGACUAUCAUAUUCUUUUUCCUACCAAAAUUGGAACUCCUACCCUAAAGAAGCUUAGAGAUUUCAACUUGGUUUUUGAAUAGAGUUUAGGCAGUGAUGAUCAGUGUUUUCAAAGGCGUUUCGGGGUGAGUCCCGGGGUGGGGUGUAUCAAAAAUACUCUGGUGCAAAUUAAAGGCCGGUCCUAAAAGCGUAAAUACUGCCUUUUCAAACACUGGUGAUGGUUCCUCUAUCAUGUUCUUUUAUGCAACAAUAUACCAUUUCAUAAUGUGGUUUGGACUUAUUGUAGACUGGAGUUAUUUUCUUUAGUCGAAGGUUUAUCGAAAACAACCUCUCUACCUCUCAAGAUAGAGGUUAGGUCUGCACCCACACCCCCCCUCCUUGAAGCGAGGAGACCUCUUUUGUGGAACUGCACUGAUAUGUUGUUGUUUGAGCUUAUUGUAAUCAUCUCCUGGGAAUGAAACAUUUUUCCCCACAGAUCUUCUUCAUCAAUAGAUUAUAUUUGAAAAAAGAAAAUCAAGUUUUUGUUUUACAAUUUAAGUUUGUUAUUU